AUGACUCACCCUGAAGUUCAAUCACCAGUAACUCACGUCAGCAAUAACGCAGACACCUCACAACCAGCAACUAAUAAUCGAAUGUCCGAAACUCAAACAACAACUACACAUUCUGAAAAUAUAAAUUCAAGCUCUACUGGCGAUUCAACGACGUCGUCUUCCUUACCUUCAAAUACCUCUCAGCUUGACACUUCUUUAGUCGAGACAAAUAACCCCGAGUUAGGGAAUAAGAUCAGUUUGACUUUACUAUUGGUUUCAGGAAAGCGACACACCUUCUUUUUUGACCCUAGUUAUACUGUCGCCAUGGUUAAAAAACAUGUCUUUACUGAUUGGCCUGAAGAAUCCGUUCCAUCUGUUUCAUGUCUGAAGAUUGUCUAUCUUGGUCGAGUUUUGGAUGAUGGAACUACACUUGAAG